AUGAAAUUUUCGAGUUUCAUUCAUCAGUUAAAAGCAGACAAACACUUGGGCAAGGAUAUUCGGAAAAGGUUUGAAAAUCCUGCUAUACUGAUACUUGGUAAUUGGCCGCCCAAACAAAAUAAAUACCAUGAACUCAUCAAAGGCAUCGGAACGCGUAGAAUGCUAGCAAAGGAAGGAUUUGAGGUAUACUUGAUUGACAAGUUCAAGACUUCCAGUCUGUGGCCUGCUUGUCAAAACGGUGAGAUUAAAUCAUUUAAGUUGGCUUUUAUUAAGAUUGCUGAGCAGCUCCAAAGCAGAGCAAUGCUACUUUUGAGGAAGUAUUGCUGUGGAAAUAUACAUUUUCAUUAUAUUUCUCAUAAUGUUACUAUAAUACUCCAAUUACCUGACGGUAUAUCCGACUUUGUAAAUAGAAAACAGUAG